AUGAGAAACACCAUCUUACUGCUACUACACGAAUCACACCAAGGAAUCGAAAAGACACGAAAGCUUGCUCGUGAAAGUGUAUACUGGCCAAAAAUAAAUACAGACAUUGAGAAAAUAUGCCAAAAUUACAAUGCUUUUCAAGAGCUACAACCCCAACAAGCAAAGGAACCAAUGCUGACGCAUGAAAAGCCUUCAAAACCAUUGAUCAAGCUUGGUACCGAUUUGUUCGAGAUUGGUAACAAAAACUUUCUCAUACUUAGCGACUACUACAGCAGAUAUCCUGUUGUGAAACAACUCGCAUCUACAAAUGCAAGAGCUGUUAUUAACACGACCAAAGAAAUACUCAGUUUGUUUGGAAAAUGUUCUGAAAUAUUUUCCAACAACGGCCCCCAGUUCCAGGGGGAGUAUGAUGAAUUCUGUGCAGAAUGGGGCAUAGAUCAUAGAACUAGUAGCCCAGGAGACCCUCAAUCGAAUGGGUUUAUUGAACGACAAAUCCGCUACAUAAAGCCUAUCAUAAAGAAAUGCUUGAAAACUGGUGGAGACAUAAAUAAAGCAUUAUUGAAUGUAAGAGCUACACCACUAGACACCAGUAUACCAAGUCCAGUUGAACUAAUGUUCAAUCGACCAAUUCCGACAUUAACGCCAAGUCACCAGCCAGCGAAUAAUGCACAGCAGCAGCAUUAUAGCGAUAAACUGCAACAAGCAACACAACUCCAAAAGGAAUAUGCAGAUAAGCACACUCGUGAACUUCGACCAUUAAAUGAAGGAAGCAAUGUACGUCUUCUUGAUAAGUCUACAAAAGAAUGGAAACCUGCAAAAGUAGUAGAAAAAUGUACAGCACCACGAUCUUACAUUGUACAAGUCGAGAAUGGAAAUCUUCUGAGACGCAAUCGCAGACACCUGAGAAGAUCGUGUCAGAAAUAUGAUUGA